UGUGUGAACAUCGAUGGUUGACGGUAAUCUGUCAAUGUGUUCUCUAAACUACCUGCUCGGAGAAACCAGACUGAGCACACAGAAAACCCUGGGAGAGAGAAAUGACCUUUACAACUACCGUGAGAAAUACAUACUAAAAACAGGGAUCUCACGUUGCUGCUUAAUCACACUAGGUUUUUAACAAUCAGAAUCAAAAGUGAAAGUUAACUUUUCUACAAGGCUCGGUCAUUCCAGAGGAGGGAUUGUCACAAGAACAAAAUGGCUUCCAGAUUAUCUCUCCAAGAGGACGAUCUAUCCUGUGCUGUGUGCUGUGACAUCUUCAAGGAUCCUGUCAUCCUGUCAUGUGGUCACAGCUUCUGUAAAGCCUGUCUGCAGGAAUACUGCAGGGGGAAGGCAGAAAAGGAAUGUCCAGUUUGCAGGAGAAGAUCUUCAAGGGCAGAUCCUCCCUGUAACCUGGUCUUAAAGAACCUGUGUGAGGCCUUCUUACAGGAGAGGAGGCGGAGAGAUUCAGGGGAGUCUGAGGAGCACUGCAAUCUGCACAACGAGAAACUCAAGCUCUUCUGUCUGGAUGAUAAACAGCCCAUCUGUGUUGUGUGUCAGACCUCAAAAACCCACAAAAAACAUGACUGCUGCCCCAUAGACGAAGCUGCACAGGACCACAGGGAAGAACUCCAGACGGUCCUGAAGCCCUUACAGAAGAAGCUGAAGGGCUUGAAUGAAGUUCAAGAAAUCUGUGAUGAAACAGCAAAGCAUAUUAAAAACAAGGCCCAGAGCACAGAGAUACGGAUGAGAAAGGAAUUUAAGAAGCUCCACCAGUUUCUACGAGAGGAAGAGGAGGUGAGGAUAGCUGUUCUGAGGGAGGAAGAGGAGCAGAAGAGUCAGGUGAUGAAGGAGAAGAUUGAGGAGAUGAGCAGAGAGAUAUCAUCACUUUCAGACACAAUCAGAGCCUUAGAGGAGGAGCUGAGAGCUGAAGACAUCUCAUUCCUGAAGAACUAUAAGGUCACAGUGGUAAGAACCCAGUGCACACUGCCGGAUCCACAGCUGGUCUCAGGAGCACUCAUAGACGUGGCCAAACACCUGGGAAACCUGCAGUUCAGAGUCUGGGAGGAGAUGCAGGGAAUUGUGAAAUACAAUUCUGUGAUUCUGGACCCCAACACUGCGAACCCAAAUCUCAUCCUGUCUGAGGACCUGACCAGUGCCAUAUACAAUAAAGAGAGACAGCAGCUUCCUGAAAACCCAGAGAGGUUUAAUUACUAUAAAAUGGUCUUGGGCUCUGAGGGCUUUACCUCCGGGACACACAGCUGGGACGUUGAGGUAGGGUUUAAUACAGCCCUGGGUGUGAUAGCAGAGUCUGUCCAGAGGAAGGCAAAAGUAGAAAGUGGAUUCUGGUGUUUAAGCCUUUGGUGUGUAAGCCCCUGUGAUGCUAAUGGUUAUGAUGUUGAUGGUGAUAUUCAAUAUAAAGUAGAGUCCCCUCCGAGGCCAGACAUCCAGCUCAGAUUGAGAAAGAAACCCCAGAGGAUCAGAGUGCAGCUGGACUGGGACAGAGGGAUGCUGUCAUUCUCUGACCCUGAUAAUAACACACAUUUAUACACUAUUACACACACUUUCACUGAGAGAGUCUUUCCGUACCUUCUCAAGGUCGGCAGCACAGCCUAGUGGUUAGAGUGUUGGACUAGUAACCGAAAGGUUGCAAGUUCAAACCCCCGAGCUGACAAGGUACAAAUCUGUCGUUCUGCCCCUGAACAGGCAGUUAACCCACUGUUCCUAGGCCGUCAUUGAAAAUAAGAAUUUGUUCUUAACUGACUUGCCUGGUUAAAUAAAGGUAAAAUAAAAUUUAAAAAUGAAUGUGCCCUCCAGCCAAUGAGCAUAUUACGAGGGUAGGCCUCUGAUGGUGAAACAGAACACUUAGAGCCUCUGUGGUGGUGGAACAGAACACUUAGAGCCUCUGUGAUGGUGGAACAGAACACUUAGAGCCUCUGUGAUGGUGGAACAGAACACUCAGAGCUUCUGUCUAUAAUGGUGGAACAGAACACUUAGAGCCUCUGUCUAUAAUAGUGGAACAGAACACUUAGAGCCUCUGUCUAUAAUGGUGGAACAGAACACUUAGAACCUCUGUCUGUAAUGGUGGAACUGAACACUUAGAGCUUAUACUGUAGAAUGUUAUUUGUGUUUCUUGUCUCAGUUAUGAAUUGCUCUAAGCAGAAGAAAGACAAAGCCUGGGAAGCAGUUAGUUAGGUAAACACAUUAACUUUGUUAUUUUUGAAUGUAGCUGAAGCUCUGGUUAUUUUUAAAUCCAUGAGCCUUGAAAAUUGUUAUACUUUUUACUAUGCGUUGUUUAUUUUGUUUUUAAUAUUGAAUUGUAUAGAUUUUAAUUGGCUGAAAAUAAUUCGAAUUUGUGAUAUAAAUCACUCAAUAUAUAGUUUUAAUAUUUUGUCAAAUGAAUUUUAAUAAAAACAUACUGUAUAUAUUCUUGUAACUGAA